AUGGCCAGCUGGCGCGGGGGCCAUCAGGCGGUGCGAGGCCACCCGCUGCCACCCAUGGCAAUGAAGACGUCGAUGGGGACGUUGGGCAGCGACGGGGACAUCUUCGACUUCGUGCUCCGCGAGGGUCCCCUGCCCGAGCCCCAGGCCCGGGCACUCUUCCAGCAGCUGGUCGAGGCCGUCAAGUACUGCCACAGCUGCGGGGUGGCCCACCGCGACCUCAAGUGCGAGAACGCCCUGCUGCAGGGCCGCACCUUGAAGCUGACGGAUUUUGGCUUCGCCAAGCUGCUCCCCGGGGACGGCUGGGAGCUGAGCUGGACCUCCUGCGGCAGCACGGCCUACGCUGCGCCCGAGGUGCUGCGGGGCGCACCCCACGACUGCCGGAAGGGCGACGUCUGGAGCAUGGGUGUCAUCCUCUACGUCCUGCUCUGCGCCCGCCUGCCCUUCGACGACGCUGACAUCCCCAGGAUGCUGUACAACCAGCAGAAAGGCGUCCCCGUGCCUGAGCACCUGGGGAUCUCCACGGAGUGCCAGAACCUCCUGAAAAUGCUCCUGGAACCAGACAUGAGCCUGCGGCCCUCCAUCGAGGCGGUCGGCUGGCACCCGUGGCUGACUAACCCCUGA